AACAAAGACUAAACUCAUGUACGUGUCAUAUCAGAUAAAAUUCUUAAUUAUUUGAUAAUUAUCUCAUAAUAAUUUCAGACUCUUUACCUUAACAAGCUUCAUGACACCACAACGUAUGAAAGGAAACAAGUGGUAACAGUGAACAGAUAUGAGCUUAGAUAUUUUUCCAACUAAGAUUGCCAACUAAGAAAACUAGAUUUUCCUAAUCUUGAAUCACAGUGAUUACAUUCUACCAAAAAAAAAAAAAAUCAUAAUAAUUAUAUUAGAUUUUGGAAUUUCAAUAUUCCAAAUUAGUUGGUGGAGCUCUUUAAUUUGUCGCUAAAUGGUAAAAUUAGGAAGUAAAACUCAUAUAUAGGAAGAGAAUGAAGAUGGCUAAAAAAAGUUAAUGGGAGAAUUUAGUAAAAUUCUUGACAGCUUUGAGCCUUCGAGAGAGUAGAUAUUGAACUCGAAAGGAAGUCCUAUAAAUCUACCUUUUACCUGCAAAUCUUUGUCUUAGUACAUCAGUCCAAAGAAAUAAAGAUAUAGUUUCUCUAUUCUCUCUUUCUUUCUUUCUUCAAUUGUUUCAGUGAGACAUAUGGAGAGGAAGCAAGGCAAGGGUCGUCGGAAGAUUGAGAUCAAGAAGAUCGAUCGCAAGAGUUCUCUACAAGUCACUUUCUCUAAACGGCGAGGAGGACUUUUUAGUAAGGCUAGUGAGCUUAGCAUCCUAUGUGGUUCCGAGAUAGCCAUCAUCGUCUCUUCUCCUUCAGGAAAUAAUGUCUACUCAUUUGGAAGCCCCUCUGUGACAUCUGUUGUAGAAAGGUUUCUCAACCACCGAAACACUGUACCACCACCAAUAGCCGUUGGUGAUGUUGGAAUUGAUGAGCUGAACCGAGAGUACGUAGAGGUGAUGGAGCAGUUGGAAGUUGAGAAGAAGCGAUCAAAAUCAUUAGAAGAAGAAGCAAGGCAGACACAGGAUGAACGACCAUGGUGGGAAGCACCAAUCCAUGAUAUGGGAUUGGUUGAGCUUCGGUGCUUGAGUAGGAGCAUGGAGGAGUUUAGGAACAAUGUGGCGGAACGGGUUAAUGAGAUAAUGGCAAAUGACGUAAUGAACUAAUGGCCAUUCAAAUAAAAUCAUCGGCCCGAUCUCCAUGCAAUAGGAUUUGGGUGUAUUUUGGAUAACUAAGAUCUAGACUUUCAAUAAUUAUAUCUUAUGUCAACAUCAUAAUGACAUUUUGUCUUUUUUA